AUGGCCUUUGGCCAAAUCGCCUUUGAACAAUUGCCCAUAAAGACGGUUAUCGUAGGCAGUUCGCUGGCUUCGCGGGUGCUGGGCAGUGAGAUGUGGGAUCUGGCAUCUGAAAUCUGGCAUCUGGGUGUGGGCAUUGCCAAUGCUCAGCUGCAGGACCCCAUCUCCAGCUCCAGCUCCGAUGGCAGCUGCUCCAUCUCCAUUCGCAGCUCCAAUGGCAGCUCCAUCUCGGACAUGCCUAAAUCGCCGCUAAAUUGUUAUCUACGAGUGCAGCGUUACUUCGUGUGCAUCUUGGCUGUGGUGGCUGUGGCCCAGGCUGGUCUGCUGCCCCACGUGGAUAGCCAUCAUGGCUACCACCAUGAGGAGCUGCCUCAUCUGCUGGACGCUGAGAUCCACCAUUCGGAUGGCAUCCAUCUGGGACACAGUGCCGCUUUGGUGCACGACGAUCACCACUUGAACCACCAUCUGGAUCAUCAUUUGGAUCACCACCUGGUGGAGUCGCUGCCCACCACCGUGUACCACCAUGAGCCGCUCCACUACCACUACGCUCGUCUGCAGUCCGCUCCGGUGGUGCACCACCAUCAUCAUGACACCCACGCCGCCGUGGUGCAUCACAGUAUCCCAGCCCACUUCGAUGUCCACAGCCACUCGAACCUGCUGUCCUUUGCCAAGCACGCCCUGCACGGCAAGUACGGAAAGGUCAGGAUCACCGAGACCCAUUAUUGA